AUGCCUCGGACAAUCCGCUGCUAGUACACCAGGCAACUUCUCGUCCCCCAGCAAGCGACAGAGUAUCUGGGCUCCUCGUAUGUCUACUCGUCUCGUCGUGGAAGCCAAUCCUUGUCAAUGCGGCGUCUUGGACACGGCAUCCGCUGGCAAACUGCGUGACAGUUGGACAUAGUUUGGUGGAGUCUCCAUCUGCCCGUUCGGGCGACAGCCUACUAUUCAGUAUAUAGUCGACGGAGCCAGCCAUUGUCUUUACACAGAUCCACACCUGCUUUUCCACUCCAUUCUGAGCAGGAGACACACAUUGGCCGUCAUGGAUACCCUUCUUACCGCCGAGUCGGCGGUGAACUCGCCGCGGUACAGACGCAAGUCGAGUACAUUUGUGGACGCCAUCCAUGACCUCCCGGAGAAAAGCGAACUGGCCCCCGCGCAACUAUACAGCACCGAGUCGGGGCGACUGUUUCAUUCGGGGCGGAUUGCGAUUGCUACCGUGGGGUUGCCGGCCCGGGGUAAGACACACAUCUCUGUGGCUCUUGCACGAUAUCUUCGCUGGCUCGGGGUCAAAACGAGAAUAUUCCAUCUCGGGGACUAUCGACGAGCAAUUGUAGGUCCGGGCAAGGAUGUCCCUGAUGACUACUUUUUCGUCAAUGCCUCAGCUUCUUCAGUGUUGUUGCGACAGAAGAUCCUGAAGAAAUGCCGAGAAGACAUCUAUCAUUUCCUCAACCAUGAGAACGGGCAGAUCGCAAUAUACGAUGCAGUCAAUCCUCUCUCGGCGGGGCGGAGAUCGCUGGCCAAAGAGUUUGCCAAACACGAUAUCAAGACCCUCUUCAUCGAAUCCAGCUGUGACGACCAGCGGUUGAUCGAAGAGAAUGUCCGCAGCGUCAAGAUCUCCUCUCCGGACUACGUAGGAUGGUCGGAAGCCGAUGCGGUUAAACACUACCUGAACCGAAUAGCCGCCAAGAUCCCGCAUUAUGAAACAAUGGAGGAACAAGACCUCGACUGGAUCAAGAUGAUCAAUGCUGGUCAGAGGCUCGUGGUCAAUAAUACCAGCUUCGGUUAUCUGUCUCACCGCAUCGUGUUUUACUUGUUAAACCUACACAUCAAGUCUCGGCACACGUACUUUGCGCGGGCAGGCACAACUCUAGAAGAGGAGUCAUUCAAAGCAGAUGCUUCUCUGUCUCCUCAGGGGAGAGACUAUGCGCGAAAGAUGACGGCGACGCUGCUGAAACAUCGAGAAGAAGAAAGGCGCGCGAUCAUGGAGAAGGGUGGUCACGAGACUCCUUUGAAGCCUCUCAUUGUCUGGACUUCGACGCGACGACGCACGGUCGAGACUGCCGCUUUCCUAGAAGCCAAAGGCUUCAAGGUGAGACAGAGAUCUCAAAUGAGCCAGCUGAACCCGGGCGUGUGCGAGAAGAAGUCGGAGCGGAGGAUCCGCCAGGAAUAUCCUGAAGAAGUCUUGAAGCAUGACCUUGAUCCUUAUCAUCACAGGUUUCCAAGAGCAGAGUCUUAUCAUGAUGUUGCCGUCCGCCUGGAACCGGUCAUUCUCGAGCUGGAAAGGGAACAGAACGAUCUGCUCAUAAUAGCGCACGAGAGUGUGCUCCGAGUUCUAUACGGCUAUCUCAUGGCAUGCAACGCCGCCGACAUUCCUUUCUUGUCUUUCCCUCGGGAUGAGAUUAUCGAAAUUAUUCCUGCAAGCUAUAACAACGAGGCCAGGCGCAUCAAGAUCCCAGAUCUGCCGCCGGAGAUCAUCCCAGCUUCGCCCGAGGGCAUCAAAGCACCUGCUCCACCCAGUGGAUUUGCGACUCCGGUGCCUGGGCUAGGUAGCGGGAUCGCAAGCCCGCUUGGUCCUGGCCGCGGACCUGGGACCCCGGAGCCUUCGGCAUCGGGCUAUAAGACGCCAGAGGAUUCUGAAAAUCUCUCUGUGCGGAUGCAUGACGUGGUAUGAUGGGGUUAUAGACUUGUUCGGCUUUGGCAGGGGAUGAGCUAGAUCAGAUAUCUGGCUGGGUUGUUUUGGACGCUUGGCUGGUCUGCUGCUGACGGAACGGGCACUCAGCCGCCAUGUAGAGUCGACACAAACAGGACAUUGUCCCGAUUCUGCAAUUCAUAUUUAUCCUCCCCUUCGAGCUCCCAGUCAGAGUCGUUGAUGAGCACAAGAAUACCUGGUCGGCUAGGAUGACAACCUGUUAGUCUCUGGUUCGUAGGUUGCUUGUGGCUACAUACACUGCGUCAUCCAGAACGAAUAGUUCCUUGCGAGAAUCCUUCAUGAGGUUGUCGCAUAUGUACUUGACAAGAUAUCCCACUGUAGGAGGCUUCCCGUCG